AUGGCACAGUUUCUUCUUUACCGGCACAGUAUAACAAGCCCAUGGGAAGGAGAAGCCGAACACAUUUAUGGCUUUUCGUUUUCAGAUUGCAAGGACCUGUUUGAGCUGUCGGCCAUCGUUCCCAGAUACGCCAAGCUGGGCGAGACAGUGGUGCUGAGAUGCAACCACACGGUGGUCGAGAACCAACUUUACAAGGUCCAGUGGACCAAGAGCGGUGACAAAUUGUUCCAGUACAUAAGAGGACGCGUACCGCCGUACAUCAAUAACACGAUUCCCGGAGCCAAAAUCGACUGGGGUCAGACAAAACCUUCAGAUUUGGCACUCAUGGACGUACAACAUGAUGCUUCCGGUCAGUACGCGUGCACGAUAACUAUAGAAUCUCCAAUAUACAGUAAGACAUCGGAAUACCAUGACCUUACAGUCAUAAAAAUUCAAAAUAUCGAUCCUACGAUUGAAAUAUUCAAAGAAGUGUUCAACGUGGGAGAUAUUUUGGACGCCACGUGCACAUCAGGACCUUCGAAACCUGUGCCCGAAAUCACAUGGCUAGUCAAUGGACGAAGGCCACCGGAUACGUACAUGAAACCAAUCGUUAAGGCAGCGUUGGACUCAGCUUCUGCAAUGAGGCUCACAUUUCCGGUGUCGGAUAAACUAGGUGCCGAGGUUCAACUGACGUGUCUAUCCACCAUACCUGGGUUCCUAAAUCAUAAAGCUGACUACCACGAUUACGCCGAUUACAGGUCGUCCUCGAUCAUAGUGAGCGUGGCAGCCAAAUCUGAGCCCGUGACUGCGGGAUGCGGAAAAGAAUUUAUUAGCAUCGUCGUCGUUGCAGCGACUGCCGCCGCCGCCGCCGUUGCGUUUCAGACGUAAUUUACGAGACGGAUUCUCAAACAACGUUUCGACGAUAUUCGUGUGCGCGCGAUUGUGUAUAAUGUACACAAUUCAAUGUAUAAAUAGUUAGUAUAUACAUUACUAUAGUCAUAUACAUUUAUAUAAAUAUUAAAUUGUUUACUUAAUGAAAAAUUAUUCAUGCGAACCUUUUGAAUCGUAUCCGGGAAGAUUAUUUAACUGUUUAAACGCGUAUUAGGUACCGUUAUGGUGACCCGCUGUGGACGCGAACUGUAACAGUAAGUUCUAUAAUAUUGUAUAGGAAAUGUCAUAAUAAAUUUGAGUAUCGGCGUAUACAAUAAUAUAUCACUUGAAUUUUUUUGAUUGAGGUAUUUUAAAAUUGAGAAUUUCACUCUUCUUGAAAUAGUUCAAUGAAAUUAUGAAAAAAAAAAAAAAAAAAUGUUUUUUCUCGUAAACGUAUUUGGUUAUAGAUAAUUAUAACUGAUAAUUAUUUAUUACACACAGAAAAUAUCGAUAACGACUUACGAACCAACAUGAUUACGAAUUACUACGUUAAUGGUUAUAAAUUAGGUGUGAAUUGUGUAUUGGUAUUAUAGGUAAUAUGUAUUAUCGCUUAUUUUUCAUUCUAUCGCUUAUCAAUUGGGUAUUAUUUGUUUUAUUAAUUAUUUAUUGUUAUUCGAUACAAUAAACCAACUUUAAAAAAUCUUCUCUCGUUGUAAAUGUAUAACUAUAAACUUUUAGAUCUAAAACACAUUUUUUUUAAAUAUUUUUUUUUUACUUAAAUGAAAUAUUUUAUGAAAUGUACAAACCCUAAAUAUAGUGUAUACGGAUGAUUUUGAGUCGAUUUACUCCUGGUCAGUAUCACGUAACGUUGAAUCCCAGGCGAUUAAUUUUUAAAUUUAUUUUCAAAAUAUAUUACUGUCAAUAAUACUCGAAUGAUAAUACGUCAUGUUAUAUAAUAUUGUUGAUCGUCAAAUCGUUUUAAAAACAGCUGAAAACUUCCGUCUGCAGUGUGUCACCAUCACGUGUAUAAUGUAUAUAGAUAGUCGUAAUUAAUAUGAUUAAAUUUUUUUUUGUUAAAAGUUUUUUUUCUAACCAUUAUAUUUUGUAAAUAAAAAAUUAACUAUAGGCAUAAGUUUUAAAUUCCUAAUGAAUGAUAUUAUUAUAAACUUAACGAAAUCAGCGCUUCUGAAAUAAUUGUCUCCGCGUCAAUUAAAAUCGUGUAUUUUCGAAGUGAAUUAAUAAACGACAUGUCAUACGAGUAAAAUAUAAAGAAAACUGUGUUUAAGCACGAAGUGACCGUUAAAUUACAGUUGAAAUACAUAAUCUAAUUUGACCGGAGGUUGUUCUUAUUAGGUACUUACUGCAUCGUUCCGGAAAAAAAGCAUUUAUUUCGCGUUAAAUAAUAAUUUACCAGAUAAAUCAUCUGAAACGACAAAAUAUUAUAAUAAUUUACGAGGUAUUAUUUUUGAAAAUCACAAUUGAAUAUUUCGUUUCUGUUAUUUAUUACUAUUUAAUACACGUUCACAAUCAAAAUGACAAUACUGUAAUAUUGAAUUAAACCUUAUUGCGUAUAUUAGAAUAAAAAAAGUUUUUAAAAUCAUUCGGUUUUACAAACUAUAUGACACUAAAUAAUUAUACUACCGUUUUAUUUUCUAGGUAAUUUGUUUUAUUAUUAUUACAUAUUUAUUAUUAAAAUAAGAUAAUGCUGUCAAUUAUAAUAAACGCAUACAAAUUGCCUUUUUCGAACGGUUACUGCGAAAUUUACCCUUUUUAUGUUAUACCUCGACCUAUGGUAAUAUAUUAUUAUUAUUAUUAUUAUUAUUAUGCUAUACAUUAUUGUGCUAUAUUAUAUGUAUUUAGAUAAAUAUUAUUAUUGUUUUCUACUUAUACUGUAAACAUUUUUAUUAUAUAAUAUUAUUAUUUAUUACAUACUGUCUCUAAAAUGUACAUAGCUAUAAAUAGUAGGUAUAAUGUUAUUGUUAGAAAGAAAAAAAAAUGUUUAAGAUAUUGUUACUCCGAAUGAUACUAUUUUAUUUCUUUUAACUGUAGCAGUUGUUAAAACCGAAAAAUCACGCUGGAUUUUCGCCAUUAUAUUCAAAUAUAUAAAACGAUAUUAUACGAUGUACUAACCAUAAUAUUAAUAAUAAUUAUUAAACUCUUUGAUUAAUUAAAUAAAUUCUUUCAAACGAUUGGAAGUGAACCGUAAUCGUUUUCACGGAUACAUCCGUUAUUAUUUUAAGCAUCCAAAGAUUGAGAUUGUUUUUUUUUUUUUUUCACAAAGAUGGUGAAACAUCUUGGGUGCCGCGUACGAAUUUGUUCGUUUUUAUUUCAUAAUAUGAAUAUUAUAUAAUAUUAUUAUACUUGUUUAAAUAUUUAUAAUCAAAAAAGUUGCAUUUCGUCACAUAAAACAAUUUCGAUUUUUAUAUGAUACUUUAAUUUGAAUUCGUCGCUUGAAAAAUAAUAACAAUGACUGUUAUACUACGUAGAUUGUAAGAAUAAUCUAAUCAAGCCAUAAUAUUAUUAAUAUAAAUAUUACGAGCGUAUGUUACGGUUAAAUGUACUUAAAAAAUAAUUAAUUAUUGUAUCGAUAAUAAUAAAUCGCCACGCGAUAUUAGUUGAAAAACUGUGAUCGUGAGCGUAAUCCAAACGGAAAGUUCUAAAAAAUUGUUUUCUGCGUAUCGUAAUGUCAUCAUAACCAUGGUGCAUUGUACUUUGUUGUGUUACCUACGUAUAAUAUUGUGUACACAUAAAUUGUAUUAACGUAUUGUAUGUUUAUUAAAUAUACAUUUUAAAUUAAAA